AUGAAGCUCGUGACUAUAAUUCUUCUGGAAGAUCUGUCGUUGACAUAUCUCUGGGCUUUCAGCUCAUUCCAGACAUUAUCCAAUUCGCUGAUUGGUCAGGAUAUCGAAUCUUGCCUGGCGCUGAUUUGCUUUCAAUCUGUGAGAGUCAAUAUGGGUUCAUACAAGGCCCUUGGCCCACGGCGUUGGUGUAUGCCGCUUUAUUAA